AUGCGCUUGCACCAAGGGAGGCUGUGGCCACGGCAGGAGGUGCAGGGAAGGGGCAGGGGACAGGAUGUCAGCCUCCGCCUCUCACCUCUUGCUGGACGGCGCAGAACCAGCCUCCAGGGUGGAGGCGUGGGUAACUGCCCACACCUUCAGGAGCAGGAGGGGCUCUGGGUGUGGGACUUCUCCCCCCUCCUGGACACCCACCUGGACUCUGCUGUGGGCACAAUUCCCCACUUGCCCCUGCUUCCCGACCACAGAGCCUUCCCUCCUGCUCCUGCCAAGGUGGUCAGCAGAGGCGUCCAGGCUGCUGCUCCAGCCCCUGGCUUCCCUGAGACCUCUGCAGCCAGAGGCCACGUAGCAACCCUAGCUGUGACCAGCAGAGUGGCAGCACCUUCUCAUCAGGUGGCUGGGGGCUGUCUUUCCUUUUGUCAUUCAGUGGCUUGUCUGAGAGGACUCCCAGGGCCCAGGAGGGCCUGGGACGGGCGGUGUGUUGACGGCCCCUUGGCUGCAGUGGUGUGGAGAACCCCAGCUUUACUGGAGACUGUUGGCCAGAUAGACAGCAGUCCCCCACUCUGGCACAGCAGGACAGGUCGUCCAGGCCUCCAAGUGCAUGCUAUUGCAAGAGAACCGCAGGUUGACAGCUGACAACUGCAGGUUGCUUGAACUCAGGUUCAAUCUGAGCCCCGUCCCCAGCCCUAUCCGGUAUUUUAUUUAGAGACAGGGUCUCACUGAGUUGCUUGGUGCCUCGU